AUGUUGUCCAUGAUGGAAGAACUCAUGAAGAUGAAUGAACCCCGAGCUAACUCCGCCAUCAUAGAAGAUAUCCCCACUUUGGAAGCCCAUCCAAGGAUUAUACAAGAGGUCGAAAACGCGCAAAAUGCUAAGGAAGAGGAGAGUAUUGAAGGAAUGGAAGAUUGUUAUGCCCCGAUACUUCUUUUGCGAUACAAGGCAUAUAUGAAUGUGGAGUGGUGUAACCAAUCUAGAUCUAUCAAAUACUUAUUCAAGUAUGUGAACAAAGGAAAUGAUCGCGUCACUGCUGAAUUUUAUAAAACAACAUCAAAUGCAGAUGGAGUACAAGUAGUGGAUGAGAUCAACAUGUACAAUGAUUGUAGAUACGUUUCUAAAUCUAAGGCUACUUGGCGUCUACUCAAUUUUGAAAUUCAAUGUAGAAACCCACCAAUUGAGAGACUUAGUUUCCAUUUACCAGAUAGCCAAACGAUUUUCUUUCAGGAUGAUGAAGAUGUUGGAGACAGUAUUGAACAAAGAAACUUUGGGGCAAAGUAUGUUCACACAAUGUACAAUACUUUUAAGGAGGUAUGUUAUGCCCGGGGGUUAUUACAAGAUGAUACUGAAUACGUUGAUGCCAUUAUGGAAGCUAGCCAUUUUGCAACUCCCCACUCACUAAGAAAGUUGUUUGUUACUCUAUUAUUGUCAAAUACAAUGGCACGUCUUGAAAUUGUAUGGGAGAAGGUGUGGACACAUCUGGCUGAUGAUGCUCAACAUACCCGUAGGAGAUUAUUAAACUUGCAAGAUAUAUUUCUAACUGAUGAAGAGAAAAUGAAUUGGGCGCUAUUUGAAUUGUCAAAGUUUUUAUUAGUCUAUAACAAGACUUUGAGAGAUUUUCCAAACAUGCCGGAAAAACAUUUCUGUGACGUGCACUCUUCUUCUAUUAGAGCAAAAGGCGAAUUUGUUAUCAAUGUGGCAUCAAGUGGGAUAGCAUCUUUACUUCUACCGGGUGGCAGGACUGCACAUUCAAGUCAAAACAAGACUUUUGGCGGAAAGACAGUGAUUUUAGGUGGGGACUUUAGGCAAAUAUUACCAGUGGUGCCAAAAGGUUCAAGACAGGACAUUGUUUCUGCAACAAUUAAUUCUUCAUAUCUUUGGAGACAUUAUAGAGUUAUGCGCCUAACUAAGAAUUCGAGAUUAACUACAAUGGAACCUCUAUUGAAUCAAGACAAAGUUGAAGAAUUUGCGAAUUGGCUAAUUUCAAUAGGUGAUGGUAAUAUUGGGGUAGAUAUUGAUGAUUACGCUGAUUUUGAUAUCCCCACUGAAUUGUUGUUGAAGUCAAAUGGUGAUCAUAUUUCCUCUAUUGUGAAAAGUACGUUCCCCAACUUUACUGGUGCAAGCAGUGAUGGAAGUUGUUUUAAAAAAAGUGCAAUACUAGCACCAACGUUAGAGGUGGUCAAUGAGGUCAACCAGUAUAUGUUUAACUUAACUGAAGGGGAAGGAAAGACAUAUUUGAGUUUCGACACAACGUGUAAAGGCGAUGGUUCUAGUUCAGUUCUUGCUGAUGUGCAUGCACCAGAAUUCCUAAAUACCAUAACAGCAUCCGGCCUUCCAAAUCAUUCUUUGACUUUAAAAGUGGGGUCUCCUGUAAUGUUAAUAAUGAACAUUGAUCAUAGUCUUGGUUUAUGCAAUGGAACUAGGUUGGUGGUAACAAAAUUAGGUAAUCAUGUUGUUGAAGGAAGCAUAUUAGCAGGUCCUAAUGCUGGGACUAAGGUAUUAAUUGCUAGAAUGACUAUUACCCCAUCGGACCCGAGAUUACCUUUCAAGUUCAACAAAGAUAAUUUCCACUUAUGCUGUCAUAUGCAAUGA